AUGGCUUCGCAUGUCACAGCUCCCCCCAACCCGUGGACACACAUGGACGAAGGCAGCUCUCCCUGGGACGAACAAUCGCAAGAGUCGACGACACCCUCCAAGCUCUCCCAGUCCACCCCCAACCUGGCUGGCGCCAAACCCGCUCCCUCCAAGUCCCGCACCCCCGGCCGAUACGGCAACCUCGCCCAGUCCACCACCCUCGAAAGCCUCGACAAUGACUCGCUGGGUCCCCUCGGACCUCUGGGCGCAGAGCCGCAAGAGGAGCCUAUAGCGCCUACGCCACCGGUGAAAGAGCUAGCUUCAAGAACAAGACAAUCUGCCAACUCAAGACCAUCCACUGCCGCGUCAGCCGUCUCAUCUGCGCGAAGUACCGACUUCGACGACGAUGAAGGAUCAAUAAACGGUGGGCCGCGCAUACCGCCUCCAGUCCAGCCCGCAGCUUUCGAUGGACGAGCCAGACAAGCCCAGCCCUCUCAGCCCGUGGAGCAGGCCGCCAAGCCGACUUUCAGCAUCGUCGUGGGAGAUCCGCAUACUGUUGGAAGCGCGACUAGCAGUCAUACCGUUUACAGUGUCAUCACCAAGACCACGUCCAAGGCAUACAUGAACCCGACUUUCACUGUGACGAGACGAUACCGAGACUUCCUCUGGCUGUAUGAGAGGCUACACGACAACAACCCUGGAGUUGUGGUGCCUCCUCCACCCGAGAAGCAGGCUGUUGGCCGGUUCGAUGCGAACUUCAUCGAGUCUCGGCGGAUGGCUCUCGAGCGCAUGAUCAACAAGAUCGCUGCUCAUCCAGUUCUGCAGGUGGAUGGAGAUCUCAAGACGUUCUUGGAGAGCGAAUCAUUCAACGUGGCAAUAAAGCAUUCCAAUGGCAAGGAUCCUCUGCUUGGUGGCAACGAGUCGAAGGGCUUCUUGAGCAAUAUGGGCAUUGGUGGUGGAAGCAGUGGCAAGUUCAUUGAGCACGACGACUGGUUCCAUGAUCGCCGGAUAUACCUGGACGCAUUGGAAAAUCAGCUCAAGGCACUCCAAAAGAGCACGGACACUGUCGUAUCGCAACGGAAAAACCUCUCCGACUCAUGUGGCGAGUUCAGCGCGUCUCUUCACAAUCUUGCCGCAGUCGAACUGUCACCUAGCUUAUCUGGACCUUUGGAUGCAUUGGGCGAUUUGCAACUACGAAUUCAGGAGCUUUACCAGCGACAAGCUCUACAAGAUAUCCUCACCCUGGGCAUCGUCAUUGAUGAGUACAUUCGUCUGAUCGGCUCCGUCAAGAAGGCUUUCGAGCAGCGACAAAAGGCGUAUCACUCGUGGCAUGCGGCUGAGUCGAAGCUGCAAGAGAUCAAGAAGCAGCAAGAGAAGCUACUACGCUCCGGGCGAUCUCAGCAAGACAGAAUGGGACAGAUGCAGGCCGAUGUGGCUGAUGCCGAGAGGAGGGUGCACGCUAGCCGACUGCUUUUUGAGGACAUGGGUCGCUUGAUGAGGAGUGAACUCGAUCGCUUUGAGAAGGAGAAGGUCGAGGAUUUCAAGAGCGGAGUCGAGACUUUCUUGGAGAGUGCGAUCGAGGCGCAGAAGGAGCUGAUCGAGCUCUGGGAGACCUACCUCCUGCAACUAGACAGCGACGAAGACGGCCCACCGCUCAUGCCGGCCGGCGUCGUCGCAGACACAGACCCCAAGUCCGACGCUCAACUACGUCGCGAGGCGGCCAAAGCACAGCUCGAGGCAGAAGGCAACGACGAGGACGAGGAGCCCAGACUAUCCGGCACGACUGCCCGUGAAGACCUGCCCCGAAACAGUUCCGAAGCGGCCUUUGAUGACGAUCGCGCGGCCGCAUUGCAUACUUCCGAAGUCGAAGCAUGA